AUGGAUCACGCCUUUAUAGAAGCGCUCUUCUCGAAGAGUGAGACGACACCGAUUAAAAUUUCGGGCUCUCCUCUUGUGGUAGGAGUUGAUCCUGAGAUGAAUGAGAAUGCACCUGAUUCCUUCGAUGAAGCAAUGAAAUCGAUGGAGCUGUCACUCGAAAUUCAAAAACUAUUCUCGGAAGAUUCAGAUCAGGUUGAGAUACCGCCUGAGAAACUGGGUGUAGUCCUUCAUGAGAACUCGCAAUUACCAGUAAAGAAGGUGGAUAAACGAUUGAAACCAUACUCAACGUGCAAGCGCCGCAAUCGCAGACGUCCGAAGCACGAACUUGAGUACUUGCGAGCGACUGUGAUGGAAUUGCAAGAAGAGCUGGAGGCUCUUAGUAAAGCAAACAAUGCGUCGUCAACUGCUGUUGGACACGAGACAGCUCUGACCACAAUCAAUUCAAAUUGGAAAGACAUGGCACAACAACAGAAACUUUUGUUUGAGAAAUCUCUUGAAGAGAACCGUAAAUUGCGUAAUCGAUUACUUGGUCAGCUAGAGGUGGUGCGUGUGAUGGAAGCAGCAAUUUCUCAACAUCAGAGAGAAACUGGACAUUCGAUAAUCAAUGGUGUUGGACGUGCGCUGAACAGGACAGACCAUGAUAUCUUUGCACAGCUUAAUGCCAGUGUGGACAAGCAGCUUGGCGAGGUAAAUACAGUGUUGACGACCAAUGGACUCACGAACGUGCUUCACCAACUGAGUGGAGGUUUUGACUUUAAACGUGAAGCCAAUGGCAUUUCAUUUCGACACGAAGAGGCUCGACUACUUCCAUUUUCGAUGCAAUCGUUUCAUCAUGCAAUUUGGAAUUGUAUGCACAAUCGUUCAGCAAUAAAACAGGCUCAAGCGCACUGUUCUAACCUCAUCAUUCGCGAGACUCUAGAGCUCCCAAAAGCACGACAAAUCAACAUCACAAAACGAUCCGUUUUUAAGCGAUAUUUUGAGAAUAAUCGUGUUAUUUUUGUAUGGACGAGCUACGUGGAAAUUGAUGGCUCAGUGCUCGUGCGUCUGCGAGAAAAAGGAUGGAGUACAUGUUCGACAUUUGAAUUUUACCGUGGAGUCUUGGCAGGUGCUAGCAGUUCAAACAAUUUUAUUCAUGGCUGUUUAAAUCGAAUGGUUAUCGAAUUGACUCCUGAAGUGUCGGAUUUCGAGUCAGAGCAAGUAGCUCAGAAGCAUAUUGGGGAGAUUACGGAUCUUAUUGUGGGUUCAUACCAUCAAAACUUUGGUUUUAUUCACGAAGUUGUGGAAAAAAUGUUGCUUAAUGCUGAAACAAUAUCCAAUGCUGAGACUGAAGACGAUCGUCGCGGCAAAGUUGUGGUCAUGUGA